AUGGCCUUCCUCCUCAGCCGCACAACAACCACUCUCCUAGGCACCGGCCUCGGUGUCGGCCUCACCCUCUCCCUCCACCCACUUUCCCCCUUCCGCGCACCCCCAAUGCAAUGCCAAUACACCGCUCCCUACUACCGCCCCGAAUCCCAAAUCUCCCCGGACUCCGGCUGGGCCAUGGACUCCCAGGACCCGUUGCUGCGCAAACAAGGCACCACCAGGAACUCGAGUCAUAAUACUGCUGGUGGCGGGAUCCUGACAGCCUCGAACAUGCGCCAGGUCAGUCUGGGCAGCGUGCUGGGGUUGGUUGUGGGUGUGGGGUUGAGGGCGUUUUCGAGAGUGUUGGUGGUGCUCUUGGGGAUGGGGAUUGUUGCUGUUGAGUGGGCUGCGGCGAGAGGAUAUAAUCUGCUUCCGGUUAACACGGUGCAGAAGUACUUUAAGCGGGUGGAUUUGCAGAAGACGGUGUCGCAUCAUAUUCCCUUCAAGAUUAGUUUCGGGGCUACGAUGGGGUUGGCUGCGUUUGCGCAGUUCUAG